GCCCACCGGCGCGCUCCCACGUCGCCGCCGGCGGGCCGCCUCAAGAACGCCGUCGGCCCCCUCCACCCCCUCAUCCACCUCCAUUGCGCUCCGCUCCGCUUCCCCCACCCCCCAUCUACCUCGACAACCACAGUCCCCGGCCGGCCGGCCGCCGCAGGAGCUCGGCCAAGACGACGGGCCGCCAAAGGGGCUCCACCCCGGCACCGCCUUCGCCGUCCCUCUUCUCUCACCCGGACACCCCAGCAGUUCUGCCCUGAGGUGCCCCGCCUGAUGCGUUGAUUCUGCCGAAGCGCAUGGCCAACACCCGGUCAGGAGGGGCCAACAAUGAGGGAGGAGGGGACGCCAGUGCAAGGAAAGGCAGCGCCACCGCCAAGUCUGCAGCGACUUCCACCUCGUCUGCCGGUGGAAGGGAGUCUAGAAGCUCGUCCACGCGUGAAACGAGCGAUGAGCACAAGCCAAACCUCAGGAGGUCGAACCGAGAAACAAAAGGAAAGAGUCCCAUUGCAUCCAGCUCUGCCUCUACACCGGUUUCGCAGAAAUCUACGAGGGGCAGGAGCAACCCCAGCACACCUGAUACCCCGAAAUCGUCACCAAAGAAGCUAAAAGAGUCGACAAUGAAGGCUGGUACCCCAAGAACGUCCGACAGAAUAAAGAAAAGUGUCGUUUCAGCUUCUACCACCUUAAAUGAUUCAAACGGAGUUCCUAGUCCAGUGGCUACUCCCGACAAAACCGUAAAUGGACAAAUUGAUGAACAUAACUCAACAAAGCAUAAGCACGAUGCUUCCGAGAGCGUUACCAGGUCACUGAAGAAGCAGAAAAGGCUAACCGCAAAGAGCUAUACAAGUCUCUUCAAGACAUCUUCUGAAGAAUAUGAAAAAUCCCCUGGCUAUGAAGGAAAUGGUUCCAAGGUGCAUGCGGGAGACAAUGGCUCUGUUUUGAUGUAUGAAGAAAGUGGCGCACAUGAAGAAGAUAACAAGGCACGUUUAAGUCAAGUUGUCAAUAAUUGUUUGGAAGGCUACACUUCUGGCCAGUGUGAAGCUCCCGAGGGGAUAUUGGAGACAGAUGGGUCGAAAACUGAUGUUGAAAAAUCUGCUCCCAUUUCAGAGGCACAUGUAACUGCUGAUCUGUGCUCAGAAAAUAUUGUGGCUGAAAGCAGUCUUGCAAUGGAUGCUAGAGAGCCAACUGAUGACUGUCCAGAGUUCGCACUUCACGUUGCAAUGCGCCGGAAAGCGGAUUCAUCAAAAUUUGUGGAGUAUUGGGUUCCUGCUUGCCUUUCACGAGUGCAACUAGAAAUGUAUUGUUAUACAUUACUUUCAAACUCACCAGCGCUCCGAUCACAUUCAAAAACUGACAGUGUUGGUGCUCUUCGCAACAUUCUUGUAUCCCUCCGGAAGUGCUGCGACCACCCUUAUCUUGUAGAUGCAACGCUGCAAACCUCACUUACCAAGGACCACCCAGUAACUGAUAUUCUAGAUAUUGGAGUGCGUGCAAGUGGCAAGCUACUACUUCUUGACAAAAUGCUCCAAGAAAUCAAGGGAAAAGGACAGAGAGUUCUUAUCCUUACCCAGUCUUCUGGUGGGUCUGGCAAUCCAAUGGGUGACAUUUUGGAUGAUUUUGUCCGUCAAAGAUAUGGUUUUGAGUCAUAUGAACGCGUGGAGCGUGGUCUCGCUGUACCAAAGAGACAGGGUGCAAUGAGUAUGUUCAAUGACACGACUAAGGGUCGGUUUAUUUUCUUGAUCGAUAGUCGUGCAUGUCUCCCAAGCAUUAAACUAUCUUCAGUUGAUGUCAUCAUCAUAUAUUGUAGUGAUUGGAAUCCCACAAAUGACUUGAGAGUUCUCCAGAGGAUCAGCAUAGAGUCACAAUCUGAAUGUGUGCCCAUUUUUCGUCUGUAUUCAUCUUGCACAUUGGAGGAAAAGGCUCUUAUACUUGCAAAGCAUGAUCAUAUUCUUGAUAGCAAUGGCAAGAAUAUAACGCCUAUCCUGAGCCACUCUCUGCUUAGUUGGGGUGCAUCAUUUCAAUUCAGCAGACUCGAAGGGCUAAAAAACGAUGCAUAUUUAAGCAAGGAUUCUGACGCUGAAAAGCUGUUCAUGGAUAAAGUACUUCAGGAGUACUUAACGAAGUUAUCCAAGAAAGAUGAUCCCAGCACUAAGAUGAGCAAUGCAGCCAUAUCACAAGCUCAUCUGAAUGGACAUUUUUAUUCUAGAGAUAGUGUUGUAGUAGGUGAGAGGGACGGGAUAUCUGCACCUGAGAGUGAUCUGCCAAAAUUCUGGGUAAAUUUGCUAGAUCGGAAGUCUCCUCGUUGGCAGUAUAUAACUGAGCCGGCACAAAGAAGCCGUAGAAAGAUACAAAACAUGGAAGAAGGGAAAAUUCCUGCCGAUGAGGCCAGUACCAAACGUAGAAAAAUUUCUGGAACCUUGGAUUCAUCUGAAAAUGUUUUAGCUGGUGAAGAUAAGGACUCAAUAUUGCCUGAAAUUAAUACUACAUCUAGUUCUCAUCAAAUAUCAGUUGACCACACGUGGCAGGAACAAGGGGUGGGAAAUCUUCAGGACACACAAAAAGGUCUUCACACCAAAUUGAAGCCAGAGCUAUCAAAGCUAUAUGAAUUGUUUGAACUACCGGGAAGUGUUAAAUGUUUAUGUGAGGAACUUCUUGAUUAUACUUUGAAGAAUCACCAAGUCAGUGUGGAGCCAAAGCACAUAUUGCAUGCAUUCAACAUUGCACUGUGCUGGCGUGCUGCUUCUCUCUCAAGGCAUCAGGUUAAUCAUAGAGAAUCGCUGGCCCUUGCUGAAGAACACUUGAACUAUGAGUGCAGUGAAACUCUCGCUGAGUUGGUUUAUAAGAAGCUAAGGAUCCUAAAGAAGGAGUUCUCACAUAGAGUAGGCGGGACAGGCGAGAAUAAUCAAUCAAUUUCAGUAAAGACCACAUCACCAUAUCAGCAGGAGACCUCAACUAAAUAUGGAAAUGACAAAUCAACCCCCCAGAAGGAAGCAUCUGUUGGUGGGAACGAAUCACACCAAGAGGAUUCACAUGAUUUAGUGAUUGAGGCUAUCGUACCAGGAGAAAAGGAACUGCUAUCUGUUCCAGAGAUUCAUGAAAAGCAACAUUUAUCAAAGGAUGUACUUCUUAAUAGAAUCAAAGAGAAAAGAAUUAAUUUGGUUGACAUGGUUUUCUCCUUGAGAGAAAAGAAUAUCCAUGAUAAACAAGCAAACGAGGUUGCAAUGUUUGACAUGCACAGGCACAAGGGAGUGGUGAAACUAAGAGAAGCAUGCAGAAUAGUUGUGGAUCAUCUUCGCAGGUCUCAAGCUGAUCAAGAGGAUAGAGGUGGUCAAACGAAGCUAAUAGUUUUAUGGUUCACUAUGCUACUAUGUGCGUUUCUGAAGCACAUGAGGUACCAACGUGAGAAGCUUGACUGGCAGCAAUCAAAGGUGUGGACUAAGGAGUUGCAGUUGAAGGAAGAUUUUCUUGACAAAGCAAAAUCUGGCCAAUUAGAUCAUACUUUUGAUCAACGUAUUUGUUUACCAGAUUCAGGCUUUGCUAUUGAGGAAUUCAGCCACUUUAGCUCCUGUGUUGAUACAGCUACUUUGGCAAACUGUCCGCAGUCUUUGCAUGAAACCUCAGCGAUGGAAGUUACAUUGGUUCGUAGUGUGAUUCCAUCUGAUAUUAUCAAUGCAGACGCAGCGAGAAAUGGUUCUGCUGAAGUUCUUAUCCACAGUGAAGGAAGGCUAGCAUCAGAAGGUAUUGGUUUGGCAGAGAACAUGAUCAGCAAUGGUUUUGGUUGCAUCGACUCGCAAGGAGGGGCAUCUCUGUCUGUUCAACACCAAUUAAAUUCUAGUUCUGCAACUGAUAAUUCUAUUAAUCAGGAAUCUUCAAGUGGUGACCAUAGAAGGACCGAACAUGUUGAGCAACUGAGCGGUGUGGGUUCACAACCAUUACCGGGAGAGACUGACCAAUGUUUAGGGGAUGUUGAAAUGGAAGUUAACAACGGCAAUGGUGACUAUACUCAGGGAGAUCCACCGGAAUCACAGACUGUAGCUCCUGUGCCCAGCCAGGUUUCCUUGCAAAUGUCUAAGGAAGUUGAAGCUGAGGCCAAUCUUGUAAUACUGUCAGCCGAACCAAUUGUAGCACCAGCUCAACUUCUGCAAAGAGACGCAGAACAAGUAGACCGUUCUGGUAUAACACCAGCAGCACAGACUUCGCAACCUGAAAUGCAACCAUCAGCAUCCAGGGAAGUUUCUACUCCAACGGAUCUGAUAAUUCAGUCUGCACAACCAAGUAUGGCGCCAACUGUGCUUUCACAAAGAGAUGUAGGACAAUCAAGCAUACUUUCUGGUGUACCAUCAUCUCAGUGUUUGCCAUCGGUUCCACUGUCCAGUAUUCCGCUUGAAAGAACAAGCCCUGAUCAGUGUCAACCAAGUCAUCAACCCGAGGCUGCACCUGGUUCUUCAGCACAACUCUUUCUGGGGGCAUCAAUGAUGUUUAAUCACCCACCAGUUAGUGAUGAGCCACUGAAAAAUGAGUUGCACAGAUUGAGGUUAUACAUUGACUCGCUUAAUAAGACCCACGAACUAAAGCAAUCACAACUUAGGACCGAGUGUAGCCAGGAAAUACAGAAGGUCAAACAAAAGUAUGAUUCAUUACUUCAAGAACAUGAUUCCAUUCAUCUUCAGCAAAGGAAGACGCUUGAUAAGUUAUGUGAGAAAGUUGUCCUCAACCAGUCACUAGCUGACGAUUAUAGGGCUAAAUUCGUAUCUUCUUCUGCAGCACAAGCUAGAGCCCGCAGCCCUCCAAAUAACCAGAGACCCCAGCCUUCUCAGCAAGUUCCUACGAGGCCUUCAGCGGUGGCAUCGACUGCAUCACAAACUGCGUCGUUGACAGCUGGUCGACCAACAGUGCCGAUACAUCAUGUCCAACCAUUACAGGUCGAUCAACCAUCACCAUCAUCAUCGCCAUCUUCACAAGUGGCCGGAGAAACCAUUGUCAGAUCAACAUCACCUAUUUUUAGUCUCACGCAAGUUCUGCCACGGGGAAGAUUUGGAGUCCAGAGUGAACCAGCACGUGCAGCUGCUCCUCAUCUUCAGCAGAGGUUGCCUCCACAGGUGCAUUCGAUGGCAUCUGCAAAUCAACAGCAGCUUCCAACUAGGGUGGAGAGCAUGUCUGCAAGGACAUGGUCUACCCCUGUGACUCCAGUAAAUAUUAGACAAUCAUGCCAACAGACAGUUCCCCCAGGGAACCCAUCACCGUCAAGCUUGCACCCAAGUUCACACCCCAGUAUACCUGCACCCUUGGGGCCAUCAAGUUCACAUCAAAUUCAGCAGGUUCCACCACUGCCAUCAAGUUCACAGCCAACACCCCUGCCGUCGCCAGUAUCUUCGAUUCCAAAUCCAGUUCUGGCACUAACAUCACCGCGAGGUUUGACUACAACAUCUAACGUUGCCUCAGCUGUGCCGAAUGUGUUGCCAAGUAGGGGUGUCGGCCCUUCCGCAUCAGGCAUGCCGCCAUCAGACUCUGAUUCAGCAUCGCUGGAUGAAUGGCUAACAGGAAAGCUUGGGCUGCCCAAUGAUACCCCUGGCGUGGCCGCUCGUGUAGAUGUGGUAUGCCUAUCUGACGAUGAAGAGACCGAUGACUAAACCAAGAAAAAAUGAGGCUCGUCUCUUCGCUCCAACAGAAAGAAGGUCGCGUGCAAGCUUUGGUCAAUCUCAUGAGUAACUUGUAACGCAACUUCAUGCUUGUUUUCAUGGGCUGGAUACUUUCCCGUGUUGGUCAAUCUCAUGAGCAGGGCAGGAAUUUUAUGCCAGAUGAAUGAAUAGACGAUUGUCAAGGCUGACAAGAUGUAAAUUAGAGUGCUAAUAUGCCGUGAUUCAUUUAUCACGGUUUUUAUCUAACGCUUGCGCACUUGGAUGCAUGUGCGCCACUUGUCGCAUGGUCGGAGGAUACACGCCAUUGAUCUAAUGGCUGCAGCAGCUAGCUGGCGACUAACGAAUCCACGCUGUUGUGAUUUUUUUUUUUUGCUGAAUUCUUCUAUUUAGUAUAUAUAGUAUGAAGAAGAAUUUGGUACUGUUGCUGAUGGUAAUUGAUUGCCUGGUCGGUUCAGAGUAAAGAGUAUUCUCAUUCCA